AUGGAGGGUAAUUUGAUGCAAAAAAUGUUCGCAUUCCUGCUACUGUUCUGCCUUUGCAAUCCAGGAAAUGCACAGAACUGCAAGCUGACAGACCUCGCCGUCACUCAGACCGCAGUGCCGUCGAGGGACAAAGCAGGAUACGCUAAUUACACGGUGGCUGUGGAGAACCGGUGCAUCUGCACUCAGGUAAACGUCAAGCUGUCCUGCCGCGGAUUCAGCUCCUCCAUGGGUGUCAAGCCGGGCGUGCUCAGCGUGGACGGCGACGGCCAGCGCUGUACUCUCAAAAGCGGCAGCCCCAUCGCCAUGGGUGUCAGCUAUGCCGUCAAGUUCUCCUACUCUUCGAGAUCCCAGAUCAGCUUGCGGCCCGUGUCAUCCACAAUCUCCUGCUCCUAG